GUCAAACUUGUAGAAACAUUGUGGUGUACGUGUAAUCUUUUCUUAAACAUACAUUUUCGUGUCAGACUGAAAUAUGAAGAGCAUCAACCAUACAUUGGUUUUUAUCUUGCUGACCUUUUUCAUCGUUACCGGCGACGGAGUGGGGAGCACGGCGGCGAUGCGGACGGAAGGAGGAGUGGCCUGUCUGGCGGGGAAAAUCAAAGUGAAAGAGUGCGAUCCACAAGUGUGCCCUCUCCAGUGCCAAAAGAAGUAUGGAGCCGUUGGCAUUUCUGGCGAAUGUAUAGGAGACUAUUGUACUUGUUAUGCCCUUUGCCAAGGUCCACCACCGAGGGGUCGUCUCUAGCUUCGACAAUAUAACAUAUAUAAUCGACCUCUGUCAUUUGGUUAAUGUUACGCACAAGAUUCUGUACGUCACCUUUUAAAUCCCCAAAAAACUCCUUGGCUGGGUUCGAACUGGAUAAAACGUGAAACUGAAUGUAAAACUAGAAUAGAAAAAUUAGGAACAG